CUAGAGUGAAAAUACAUCUGCAUAUGCUCUUUAUUCGAAAGAAUUCGUACACCGUAUCAGACUUUGGCAUCGUCAUUUAAGAACACUUAAUUGGACGUUGUUUGGACAUUAAUUUGUUCGGUAUUACCAGAAACCGCCAUCGACACAGGACAGUGUGUUCGUGCAUUUGCUCUAUAUCAGAAUAACCACAACCGAAUCAUCAUGAACAGAUUCUCCCAAAUGUCGUUUGUACUGUUGGCAGUGGCAAUGUGCCACGUUUAUGGUCAACUUCAGACCAGUACACCUUGUUCRCUGUCGUUCUACCGGUACCUGUUCAACUUGCCCGGUGAGAAGAUACGACCUAACGUACCAGAAGGCACGUACAUGUUCGGCAAGCGAGUAGGCCCGGCCACACCGGAAGGUCAAGCCUCAGAUGUCAAGCCAUCCGUCAUUAAACCUGAACCGUCGUAUGAAGCUCCUUCCUACCUUCCACCACCAACCACCACAACCACGACCACCACACUGAAACCGUCCACGUCGGCACCAUUGUACAUACCACCACAACCACAAAUCCCUUACUACCCGGCYGAAUCUAUCAACACAGUGUCAGUGGUGAAGACUGCCAAACCGGAAUGCGACCACCCCGAACACUUGCACGUCGUUGACACCGGACUCUUGCCACCAUACCAGACGCCCAAGUUCCAGCCACAGCCCACAUUCCAACCACAACCCACAUUCCAGCCACAACCCACAUUCCAGCCGCAGCCCACGUUCUUCGUGCCACGUUUCGCUCCCUCACCCAAGCCCCAGGUACAAGUAGCCAUUAGAGACAACGAGAUAUUCCCUGAACAACGGAAACCCGUGGCCGUGCAAAGGUUCGCCGUGCCCACUCCACCCCCGCAGUUCCUCCGACCAUACAUCGCACCGGCACCAGCUGCAGCCCCGGCCGAGAACUGUGACAAACACGUUCACGUAUCAAGCACUACCACAACCACCACAACUACCACCACAACUCCAGAGCCCAGCACCGAAGGAUUGUUGGAGACUCGUCAGAACGAGAUAUCUAUCUUGCCGGAUACCAAGCCGGACUGUGGCCACAAGCACCAUAACGUUGUUGUUGAGUCCCUAGGAGUGCCAUCCACUGACUACGGCGUGGUCUCGGCGCCUGCUCCCAUCCCAUCUGCGUCUGCCGGAUAUUCAUAUGACCGGCCCAGUGAACCUCUAGCGUAUCCGUCAUCCGGUUACACUUACCCCAAGGCCAGUCCGUCAUUUGAGUAUCCAGGUGCGUUUUCAGCACAGGGCACCGCACUGUUUGAGUCCGAAUCGCCUAAGGCGUCUGCCAGUGGUACCGAAGACGGUGACCUAGUCAUCCUCAAGGUCUAGAACAUCCUAACAUCUUUGUGUGGAACAGAAAUAAAAAAAAAACAUAAAAAUG